AUGAAUUUCUCGCUUUCCAAAUCAUCAUCGAACAAGAAAACACCUUCAAUUUCCAUUCAGCUCGGAGGAACAAAAAAACAAUCUUCCGCUCUAUUCAAUAACAACCAAACAAAAACGAGCAAUUAUAAAUCUGAUCAGAAAAUAGAAUCACUAUUUUCAGAGCAAGAUGAAGAAGAAGAAUCAACCAUCAACCAUCAUUCAAAAUCAUUACACCCAAAAAGUAAAUCCUCAUCAUCCUCUGCAAUGACUCAAUCAUUACUCUUUCAAAAAAUACAACAUGAAAAGAAAAAAGUAGAUCCUCAACAGACCGUCAAAUCUUCCCUUCAAGAUAUUGAUCAAUGGGAAUUAGUAGAUCAUGAACAAGAUCAAAAAUCUGAAUCAAUUGUUGAACAUGCUUUCGAAAAUAUGAAAAAUGUAAUUUCAAAAACUUAUACACAAAAACUAUCUGAAAAAGAUUCAAAUCCACAAGAAUCUAAAUAUAUUGCAAAUUUAGUGAAACUCGCUGAGGAAAGAAAGAAAGAAAAAGAGUUAGCACAAAUUAGAAGAAUGCAAAAAGAAUCAUCCAUCAAUUCAAGUCAUACAGUUUUUGUAACAGAGGAAUAUAAACAAAAACUCAAAGAACAAGAACGAUGGACUGAAGAAAAAGAAAGAGAAAAAGAAGAAGAAUUAAAAAAAAAUGUAACAAAAAUAGGAAUGGGUAACUUUUAUAAGAGUUUAUUAUCAUCAUCGACAAGACACGACGUUAGUGAUGAAAAGAGUAAUACUACUACAAGUAACACCACCACUGAUGAACGAGAUCACAAAGAGACUUGUGAGAUCUCAACAAAAAGUGAUCUUUAUGAUCAUCCACAACAACAGCACAGAGGCAUAAAAAGAAAACAAGAAACUUCCUUAAUGAAUGAAAGUAGAUCACCCGUCGGACAGUCCUCUCAAUCACAGAUCUCUUCUUCUGAAAUGAAAUCUUCCUUCAGUUUGGAACAAGAAGAUCAACCACAACUCAAAAUUGUAAAGAUUGAUAAGGAAGAAGCUGUAUUGAGUGCACGAGAGCGUUAUUUGAGGAGAUUGGCAGAGAAAAAACAAGAACAACUUUCGAAGUGA